AUGAAUGGAGCUUGUUACAAACUCACCUCCAACCUGACUGUGUCUGCGCAGCUGCAACCAGGAUAUCGAGGUAAAUAAUGGUAAUGACGGUAACUGACAAUAAAUGAGUGUAAAUAACGGUAAAUGGUGAUAAAUAACGGUAACUGACAGUAAAUCACGGUAACUGACUAAAUGAUGGUAAAUAACAGUAAAUCACGGUCAAUAAUGGUAACUGACAGUAAAUAACGGUAAAUAAUGGUAACUGAGGGUAAAUAACGGCAAAUCACUGUUAAUAAUGGUAAGUUAGUGUAAAUAACGGUAACUGAGUGUAAAUGACGGCAAAUCACGGUAAAUAAUGGUAACUGAGGGUCAAUAACGGUAACUGACUAAAUUACAGUAAGUAACAGUAAAUUGCGGGAAAAUAACGGUAACUGCCGGUAAAUAACGGUAACUGUGAAUAAAUAAUGGUAACUGAGGGUAAAUAAUGGUAACUGACAGUAAAUAACGGUAACUGUGAAUAAAUAAUGGUAACUGACAGUAAAUAACGGUAACUGAUGGUAAAUCACAGUAACUGACAGUAAAUAACAGUAAAUUGCGAGAAAACAAGGGAAACUGACGGUAAAUAACGACAAUUGAAGAUAAAUAACGGUAAACAAUGGUAUUUGAUGGUAAAUCACUGUAACUGACGGUAAAUAACGGUAACUGACGGUAAAUAACGGUAACUGAGGGUCAAUAACGGUAAAGCACGGGCAAUAACGGUAACUGACGGUAAAUAACGGUAACUGACUGUAGCGGAUGGUAUUACGGCUGUCCUAAAAGACUGUGUUAAAAAUGCAAUUCGUGCGUUUAUUUUCCUGUAUAGCUAAAAGUGUAUGUAGUAUUCGUAUGAUUGUUCGGUAGUUUCCAUCCGUAUUCCAUACGAAUAAAAAAACUACCGAACCAGUAGACCACCCCAGAGAGAAGUGUGCACCUUAUUAGGCUUGCACACUUCUCUAACCACAAGUUAAUUGAUAUGAUCGGUACUUUGUGCAUGUUUCUGGGCAUCUAACGCACGAAAACCUCAGCGGUGUUUGGUCGUCGAGUGUCUGGAACUCAAAUCGGACACUCAAUUACCCGAACACCGCUGAGACCUCCAGAGCUCCGUAACUCCCGAACGGAAGGGCUAAUCAGCCCCUCGUUCGGUGAGUUAAAAUUACCGAACAAAGGUAUUCAUGCGAAUACAGUUUUAAUAGUGGAUGUCAUGUAUUUCUGUGUAUUUUACAUACCGAACGGAGACCGACCGCAGGGCCAAAACACAUGGAACCCUUUUCGGCUACCACCCGGUUAGUCUACCCUUGGGGGGGAGAUAUGUGGCAAACGCCCUGUGGUCUGGCCGUUUGCCACGAGCUCCUGGAGGAGCCUGCUUGCCAGCCUGCUACCUCAGGACUAUGGGCCCUGCAAUAUACCUUGCCCAAUGCACUUUGCAGGCUCCGUUCAUGUAAUUUAUGUACUUUUGUACUCCAGAAAGAGAGACCGACCGUUAGCCCUGAUUUCCUGGAACUGUUUUGGACAUAGGACCAUGUGCACGGUCGGUCAAAAUUAUGACUUCCAUAGAAAUCCCAACCCCUGAACCGACCUGGGUGAUUUUUGGAUAUGUUGGUCACCCAGAUUGGGGCUAUCGGGGGUUGUAACUUUUGUGGGGCUUUUUUUAAUGUGUUUUGGGGGUAUUUCCGGGGUUUUGUUAUAUUGCCUGUUUCUGUACUGAGAGAUAAUUAAAUUAUAUGUUUGUGUGCUAAGGUAAUUAUAUCUCAGGUACAGGGGAGGAGUAUGAUGGAUGUUUGCUUGUAUCUCGUCUCCUCUCAGGUCCAGGGGGAGGGAUUAUCAUGUUUUGUGUGGGCGUGUUUACGGUGUCCCUGUGUUGUACAAAAGCAGGCCAUUGAGCCUGGAUUAAACACAUUUGUUUUACCCCUUCAUGAAGUCUAGGCUCAUGUUUUGGGGGAUCGGAGAGCUCUAAUCCCUACUCUGCUGGAAGCAGGAGAGUUAUAAUCACUGUAGCACUUGGGGUUCGGGAGACUACUAACGGAUAUACUCAGCCGGACGGUAAAUAACGGUAACGACUAACUGACAGUAAAUAAUGGUAACAGACGGUAAAUAACAGUAACUGAGUAAAUGAUGGUAAAUAACAGUAACUGACGUUAAAUAAAGGUAAAUGGCAGUAAAGAACGGUAGUAAAUAAUAAAGUAACUGACAGUAAAUAAUGGUAAAUAAUGGUAAGUGGAGGUAACUGAUGGUAAAUAACUGUAAAAUUACAGUUAAUAAUGGUAAAUGAUGGUAAUCAUGAUAAAUGAUAAUGAUAGUGAAUUAUGAUAAAUGAUGGUAAGAGAUGGUAAAUGGUGCUAAAUUAUAAUAAAUUGUGGUAAAUGAUAAUUAAUGAUAAAUUAUGAUAAAUGAUGAUAACAAGCUCCAGCUGCCUUUGUAACCAUGAAUUUACACCUUAAUAAACCAUAUAAUAACGUCAUCUUUUACCCAACUUCUCUGACUGCUUAUUAGUGACCCCAUAUCUCACCCACAGACUGCCAGAAAGCUGAUGUGGACCUUUGCUUUCUGGUUGAUGGUUCCUCUGGGAUGGGCGAAAGAGAGUUUGCAGCUAUCCGGGAAUUCAUGAUCAGCACCAUGAGAAGCCAUAAUUCAAGCAAUAUCAACGUGAGUGGAGGAAGAAAAGUGUGGGAGGGGGUGAAAGGAUCUGAAGAAGGAUGCUAUGUGUGGAGAGCUUGAGGUAGGUCUGCAGUGUACCUGCACCUACAGUUGCAAGAAAAAGUAUGUGAACCCUUUGGAAUGAUAUGGAUUUCUGCACAAAUUGGUCAUAAAAUGUGAUCUGAUCAUCAUCUAAGUCACAACAACAGACAAUCACAGUCUGCUUAAACUAAUACACACAGAAUGAAAUGUUGCCAUGUUUUUAUUGAACACACCAUGUAAACAUUCACAGUGCACGUGGAAAAAGUAUGUGAACCCCUAGACUAAUAACAUCUCCAAGAGCUAAUUGGAGUGAGAUGUCAGCCAACUGGAGUCCAAUCAAUGAGAUGAGAUUGGAGGUGUUGGUUUACAGCUGCCCUGCCCUAUAAAAAAUCUUGGCCCGUCCCAAGAUUAGAUUGCCUGCACAAGUUCAUUGCCGUUCAGACCACAUACCCACUGGGAGCUGCUUCUGACCACACACCAACUGGGAGCUGAUGGAGUGACUGUCCGUUUGUUACAACUAUCAUUACCUUUACCUUCGUUUAGAGCAUCAUCUGAUUACAACUCUUAUUGGGUACACCAAGAAAAAGAUUUCUACAUUUGGUGAGAUCUAUCCAUAUAUAGUUAUAUAUAGUGCACUAUAUUGGACUACCAGGACUCUCAGAUUGUUUUGAUUAUUUUUUCUUUUUUUCAUUUUUUCUUUUUUCAUUUUUUCCAUCCCUUUGUCUCUUCUUAUUUCCCCUUUCCUUUUUUCUGCUUUGGAUUGGGGAUUUUUUCAUUAUUUUUCAUUUUUUGCAUUUUUUUCAUUUUUUCAUGUGUUUCGUUUUUUCAGUUUUUUCAUCAUUUUUUCAAUGAAUCAUUACCAAGUGUAUACACAUUAGAUGAACUUUAUCCAAUGUAUAGAAUAUUCUGUAUAUACUGUAUAUAUUGUAUAUAUUCAAUGUAUAUAAUUGGUGUACUCAGGAUGAUAUGAACAUUUCUAUUAUCAUACUUCAUAUAACUUUAUUUAGAAUAAACAUUAUGAAUUUUUCACAGCAAUAAUAACUAGUAUCAAUUAUUACUAUUAGAGUGCGGUAUUCAUUAUAUAGUUUUUAGGAUUGUUAUUUGGAGGUUGUCUUUGGGGUUAACCUCGAAUACCGGCACCUAGAUGUAAUUGAGUGCCAGCACACGUUGUAAUUUUUUCUUUUAUUUUUUCUAUAAAAAACACACACCAGUUCUGGGUUUGCUUUUCACAAGAAGCAUUGCCUGAUGUGAAUGAUGCCUCGCACAAAAGAGCUCUCAGAAGACCUACGAUUAAGAAUUGUUGACUUGCAUAAAGCUGGAAAGGGUUAUAAAAGUAUCUCCAAAAGCCUUGCUGUUCAUCAGUCCACGGUAAGACAAAUUGUCCAUAAAUGGAGAAAGUUCAGCACUGCUGCUACUCUCCCUAGGAGAGGCCAUCCUGUAAAGAUGACUGCAAGAGCACAGCGCAGACUGCUCAAUGAGGUGAAGAAGAAUCCUAGAGUGUCAGCUAAAGACUUACAAAAGUCACUGGCAAAUGCUAACAUCCCUGUUAGCGAAUCUACAAUAUGUAAAACACUAAACAAGAAUGGAUUUCAUGGGAGGAUACCACAGAGGAAGCCACUGCUGUCCAAACAAAACAUUGCUGCACGUUUACAGUUUGCACAAGAGCACCUGGAUGUUCCACAGCAGUACUGGCAAAAUAUUCUGUGGACAGAUGAAACCAAAGUUGAGUUGUUUGGAAGAAACACACAACACUAUGUGUGGCGAAAAAAAGGCACAGCACACCAACAUCAAAACCUCAUCCCAACUGUGAAGUAUAGUGGUGGGGGCAUAGAAAAAUAGAAUGUGACGACAGAUAAGAACCAUUCGGCCCAUCUAGUCUGCCCAAUUUUCUAAAUACUUUCAUUAGUCCCUGGCCUUAUCUUAUAGUUAGGAUAGCCUUAUGCCUAUCCCACGCAUGCUUAAACUCCUUUACUGUGUUAACCUCUACCACUUCAGCUGGAAGGCUAUUCCAUGCAUCCACUACCCUCUCAGUAAAGUAAUACUUCCUGAUAUUAUUUUUAAACCUUUUGUCCCUCUAAUUUAAGACUAUGUCCUCUUGUUGUGGUAGUUUUUCUUCUUUUAAAUAUAGUCUCCUCCUUUACUGUGUUGAUUCCUUUAUAUAUUUAAAUGUUUCUAUCAUAUCCCCCCUGUCUCGUCUUUCCUCCAAGCUAUACAUGUUAAGAUCCUUUAACCUUUCCUGGUAAGUUUUAUCCUGCAAUCCAUAAACCAGUUUAGUAGCCCUUCUCUGAACUCUCUCUCAAUAUCCUUCUGAAGAUACGGUCUCCAGUACUGCGUACAAUACUCCAAGUGAGGUCUCACCAGUGUUCUGUACAAUGGCAUGAGCACUUCCCUCUUUCUACUGCUAAUACCUCUCCCUAUACAACCAAGCAUUCUGCUAGCAUUUCCUGCUGCUCUAUUACAUUGUCAGCCUACAUUUAAGUCAAAUAAUCACCCCUAAAUCCCUUUCCUCAGAUGUUGAGGUUAGGACUCUAUCAAAUAUGCUGUACUCUGCCCUUGGGUUUUUACGUCCAAGAUGCAUUAUCUUGCACUUAUCCACAUUAAAUGUCAGUUGACACAAGUCUGACCAUUUUUCUAUUUACCUAAAUCAUUUGCCAUUUGGCUUAUCCCUCCUGGAACAUCAACCCUGUUACAUAUCUUAGUAUCAUCGGCAAAAAGACAUACCUUACCAUCCACACCUUCUGCAGUAUCACUAAUAAAAAUAUUAAAGAGAAUGGGUCCAAGUACAGAUGAUCUGCAUCAUGGUUUGGGGCUGCUUUGGAAAAAUUAAUUCCCAAGUUUAUCAAGACAUUUUGCAGGAGAACUUAAGGCCAUCUGUCUACCAGCUAAAGCUCAACAGAAGAUGGGUGUUGCAACAGGACAAUGACCCAAAGCAUAGAAGUAAAUCAACAACAGAAUGGCUUAAACAGAAGAAAAUACGCCUUCUGAAGUGGCCCAGUCAGAGUCCUGACCUCAACCCGAUUGAGAUGCUGUGGCAUGACCUCAAGAAAGCGAUUCACACCAGACAUCCCAAGAAUAUUGCUGAACUGAAACAGUUCUGUAAAGAGGAAUGGUCAAGAAUUACUCCUGACCAUUGUGCACGUCUGAUCUGCAACUACAGGAAAUGUUUGGUUGAAGUUAUUGCUGCCAAAGGAGGUUCAACCAGUUAUUAAAUCCAAGGGUUCACAUACUCCACCUGCACUGUGAAUGUUUACAUGGUGUGUUCAAUAAAAACAUGGCAACAUUUCAUUCUUUGUGUGUUAUAAGUUUAAGCAGACUGUGAUUGUCUAUUGUUGUGAUUUAGAUGAUGAUCAGAUCACAUUUUAUGACCAAUUUGUGCAGCAAUCCAUAUCAUUCCAAAGGGUUCACAUACUUUUUCUUGCAACUGUAUCUACACUGAGGACCUACCUGCACCUAUCUACACUAAGAACCUACCAGGAGCCUCAGUGUAGAUAGCUGCAGGUAGGUCCCCAGUGUAGAUAGCUGCAGGAAGGUCCUCAGUGUAAAUAGCUGCAGGAAGGUCCUCAGUGUAAAUAGCUGCAGGAAGGUCCUCAGUGUAAAUAGCUACAGGAAGGUCCUCAGUGUAAAUAGCUACAGGAAGGUCCUCAGUGUAGAUAGAUGCAGGUAGGUUCUUAGUGUAGAUAGCAGGAGGGAGGUCCUCAGUGUAGAUAGCUGUAGUUAGGUCCUUAGAACACUAAGGUAGGUUCUUCAUGUAGAUCGCUGCAGGUAGGUCCUUAGUGUAGAUCGCUGCAGGUAGGUCCUUUGUAUAGAUAGCUGCAGGUAAGUCCUUAGUGUAAAUAGCUGCAGGUAGGUCCUCAGUGUAUAUAGGUACAGGUAGGUACUCAGUGCUAUGUGGAGAAGUACAGUUAAUGCUGGGUUAGGGGAGAUUGCUGGGUAUGGGCACCCAGGUAUGAAGGCAGAUAUUAGAAGAGAUUUCUGCAGUAUUCAUCCAGGGAUAAAAGCGGGUAUUAGGGGAGAUUGCUGGGUAUUGGCACCCAGGGAUGAGAGCGGGUAUUAGGGGAGAUUGCUGGGUAUGGGCACCCAGGAAUGACAGCGAGUAUUGGGGGAGAUUGCUGGGUAUAGGCACCCAGUGAUGACCGUGGGUAAUAGGGGAGAGUGCUGAGGAUGGGCACCCAGUGAUGACAGCGGGUACUAGGGGAGAUUGCUGGGUAUGGGCAUCCACUGAUGACAGCAGGUAUUAGGGGAGAUUGCUUGGUAUGGGCACCCAGUGAUGACAGGGGGUAUUAGGGGAGAUUGCUGGGUAUGGGCAUCCACUGAUGACAGCAGGUAUUAGGGGAAAUUGCUUGGUAUGGGCACCCAGUGAUGACAGGGGGUAUUAGGGGAGAUUGCUGGGGAUGGGCACCCAGGGAUGACAGUGGGUAUUAGGGGAGAGUGCUCGGGAUGGGCACCCAGGGAAGACAGCGGGUAUUAGGGGAGAGUGCUGGGGAUGGGCACCCAGGGAUGACAGCAGGUAUUAGGGGAGAUUGAUGGGGAUGGGCACCCAGGGAUGACAGUGGGUAUAAGGGGAGAUUGAUGGGGAUGGGCACCCAGGGAUGACAGUGGGUAUAAGGGGAGAUUGAUGGGGAUGGGCACCCAGGGAUGACAGUGGGUAUAAGGGGAGAUUGAUGGGGAUGGGCACCCAGGGAUGACAGCGGGCAUUAGGGGAGAGUGCUGGGGAUGGGCACCCAGGGAUGACCGUGGGUAUAAGGGGAGAUUGAUGGGGAUGGGCACCCAGGGAUGACAGCGGGUAUUAGGGGAGAGUGCUGGGGAUGGGCACCCAGGGAAGACCGUGGGUAUAAGGGGAGAUUGAUGGGGAUGGGCACCCAAGGAUGACCGUGGGUAUUAGGGGAAAGUGCUGGGUAUGGGCACCCAGGGAUGACCGUGGGUAUAAGGGGAGAUUGAUGGGUAUGGGCACCCAGGGAUGACCGUGGGUAUAAGGGGAAAGUGCUGGGUAUGGGCACCCAGGGAUGACCGUGGGUAUAAGGGGAGAUUGAUGGGGAUGGGCACCCAGGGAAGACCGUGGGUAUAAGGGGAGAUUGAUGGGGAUGGGCACCCAGGGAUGACCGUGGGUAUUAGGGGAAAGUGCUGGGUAUGGGCACCCAGGGAUGACCGUGGGUAUAAGGGGAGAUGGAUGGGGAUGGUAUGUUUGUUUCCAAGCCUCACACGCUAACCCCAUGUGUACCCGCAUUUCUCCUCUCACGCAGUUCGCUGCUGUACAGUUCUCAAAUAAAGCAGAGGUAGCGUUUACCUUCGCAAGAUUUCAAACGUCUCGAGAUCCUAAGAACCUGCUGGAUUCGUUAGAAAAAAAAGGUGGUCUGACGUCUGCGUACAGCGCCAUUCGUGUCGCUCUGUGAGUAAAUCCAACUGAUCCAGGGAUAAAGGAGUGUGUUCUUUCUGUUCUUAUUUGCUGUGUAUUUGUUCCACCCUGAUAACCACGCAGCUUUUUUCAUAGUUUGGUUAUAGCGAUACAUUAGGCUGCGUAGUGACUAUGGUGGAUGUAUCAUCACUUUGAUAAUGCCUGACAGAGGGCGGAGCUUCAGUCACACUUCCAUUCCUUUGUCAAUGCUUACCUCCUCCUGGCGCCAUGUCUCAGAGGGAGUCGCCGAGCAAUGAGGAAUCACAGAAGACGUAGCGUCCAUUCAGUGACAGAUUGAUUGACAGACUUUGAGAUGCCUUAAGUAUCAGGUCCCUCUUCUAAUACAGAGUAAUAGUCCUCUUAUCUGUUGCUAUCACAGGGGUGGAUCCAAAACUAAUCUCGAGAGGGGCACUGGUAGAUCAUUUAAAGAAACAAUCCAGGCACAAAACCACUACAGCUCUCUUUAGUGGUUAUGGUGCCAGGAGUGCCGUGCCGCCCUCUGAGAGUAAGUUGCCCAACCAUUUAAGAACAGUUUGAAUGGGCAAUGUAUGAAUGGGGGGUUGUGUGUGAAUGGGGGUGUGUAUGGGGGGUAGUGUGUGUGAGGGGCAGUGUGUAAAUGGCAGUGUGUAAAUGGGAUGGUAGUCUGUUUGUGUUGGGGCAGCGUGUGAAUGGCGUGUAGUGUGUGUGGGGUGCAGUGUGUGUGUGGGGACAAUGUGUGAAUGGGGGGGGCACUGUUUGAGUGUUUAUGGGGGUAUUGUGUGUUGGGAGGGGGCUGAUUAAAAUAAAUAAAAAUUUUGAAAAAAAAUAAAAUGUACAUUGUUUAUAUCCGCCCUCCAUUCUUACCUUUGCCCAAGGAGCGGGAAUAUCUAUUGUGAAGCCCUGGUGGUCCGGUGGAGAAUCCCUGGCGGUCCUAGACGUGAGAGUGAACUCAAACAGCUCCUGAGGCUACAAUUCACUCUCACGUGAACAGAGCGUAGCCAUGGUAACCACGGCAACACUCUGAGCUCGUGAGAGGAGACCCAGCGGAGCCGCAGAUUAGAGCUCUCGGGUCCUCUCUCCCUCCCCUGCCGGCUGCCAACAGUGAUUUCCCCUCCAGUCUGUGAAAGCACACAGCAGAGCCCGCGCUUGGAUAGCGCUAGCCCUCCAUGGACCCGCAGAGGAGGGCAAUGGAGAGGGAGCGCCUGGACAAUGCGCUAUCAAAGAAUAGAAAAGGUGCUGCAACUUUCAAAGGGUUUAACCUCUUAUUCCUGACAGAAAAUGAAUUAAGAGAUAUGUAUCAGCUAAUAAAACCCAACACAAAUUACAUUUGGGCAUAAGAAUUAAUUGAAAUUUAAAAGGAAUCAAAUAUUUUAUUGUGGAGCCUAAUUAAUGUUAAUUUUAAUAACUAAUAAGCUGUCCGUCUCUCACACAGACAGCUAAUUUCAAUUGAUAGCUGUGUGUAAUGUGUUAAAGGGACAUGGUAGCCACCGUAACCCCUUUGUGGCAAAACUAGCCACUUAAGAACUUUAUGUGUGUGAAAUGUUUCAUUUUUCAUUUCUUUCCCCUUAUAUUACAUGUAUCGGUAUAGAGCAUUCGUGUGCUUGCAGCAUAUGAACACCACCUGCGUUCCGCUUGGAAUUCCACAAACAGUGAUUUUCAAACACUGUUCGUGAAACGAACAAACUGCCAAAUGGGAGACCACACAACGGGGGUCGUGUGUCUCCCAUUAACUACUGCAACAAUGUAUUGCCAGUUGAUUAAUGGAUUAAGUGGGUGGCCGCCGUUCGUAUACCGAACACAUGGCGGCAGCCAUCUUUGUUCACAAAAGCACAGUGGUGUUUGGUCGUCGAGUGCCUGGAACCAAAAUCGGCUACUCAACUUACCGAACACAGCUGGACUUCCAGAGCGUUCGGGACAAUAAUUAUUUCGGUAUAUGAACACUCUCAGUGUAUUUAACGGUUACAAUGGUUGUUCGUGAAAUCAGGUCAUUCGAAUGGCGUUCGUCUGAAUAUGAAGGGAUCUGAACGGUAUUUCCCCAGAUGGUGAGCUCAGAUCCCAGCUAUUCAACAAAAGGUCAUUCGGUUCAUUUACUCUAAUACUUUUUAAGUUAUAGAAUUUAAUGUGAAACUGUAACUUGGGCUGUAUGGAGAGAUCGAGUGAUUAUUAGUAUAUUCUUAUCACUCAUCUCUCCAGUGUAACAAUGUAUGCUGGGAAAUCGUCUUGUAACUUAAGUUUCCCAUGUAGUCCACUGUUGUUAAACCCUUGCAAAGGCACUUUGGAAACCCCCUAUAUGGGGAACUGUAUAAAUGCUGUGACCUGUAAUUAAAACCACAGUUGACCUCCAAGCUAUGUGUCGUCUAGAUCGUGGGAGGAAGGGAUUCUUACUACGCUACCUGUGUUUUACCUGCUUAGCCUGACUACCAGCGGAGAUAUCGUGGAUUAACCCCUACUACUCUGCUACACCCUUCAUUUCAUUGAAGUGGUUAUAGUGUCUGGAGUCCAAUCCUUCCAUUAAACAAUUUUAAUGUAUUAUUGCUAAACGAGAGUCCUCGGCAUCCUCUCUGUGCUGCUCAGACUAGUUGAGCAUUGGGCAACUGUGAUUGGCUAAGUGUGUCAGCUGACUGCUUUUAAUCUAAUGCUGGUAUGAAUCGUUAUGGCUAGAAGGAAGUGUUUAAUUGCUACCUAAAGUGGAGGAAGGGCUGUGGAAAGCCAGGGACCCUGAUUCGGUGUUAAACUUCUCGAAAAUGGAGGGACAGUGCCAGGGGACUCUAGACACUGUUCUAGCGGAGCCCUAGUCCUGGCAGGGACUUUCCUCUGCUGGAUCACCAAGACUAAAAUCAGGAACAGGAAAAUGCCAAGUAAAAAGCCCACCUCCUCCCCAGCAACUGGACGACACACAGUUCUGGGAGUACAACUGAUUUUAUACAUUGCCCCUAGCAUGGGGAUUCUCAGACAAAAUUACAAAAGUUCCUUUCCCAAGAGCCUUUGUGUUUGGGAGUAUAUUGAGCUCAAAUUAGGAUAACUCAAUUAUCUCUCAAACACAGAACCUUGCAUACAUAUUUUACAAUAUCCCAAAAAUACAUGAAACAAUACAGGAACCCCACCCCACUAUAUCCAAAAAGCGCUCAGAUCGGUUCGGUAGAUUGAAAGUUAUUGUCGAGCAAAGUUUUCGGAGGUUUCUUUGUGAACACCGAUGAAUGCUCCCCCUGGCUGCUAUGGAGCAAAGGCUCCCCCUGUUCGGUAGAUCAUAUCUCCCAAACAUUGUUCGGUUUAGAUCAGGGGUAGUCAACCUAUUAAUACUUACCGCCCACUUUUAUAUCUUUGUUGAUGGUAAAAUUUCUUUACCACCCACCAGUGCCACAGUAACUAGGUUAAUAGUGCAAAUGCGACUUUUUUUUUUUAAUUAUGUUUUUUUAUUUCUUCGAAAAGAGGGUUAAAAAAAAAAGAAGAAAAUGUACUUGCAUUUUUUUUUCUUUGUUCUAUGGGUGCAGUGUGUGUGUGAGGGGUGCUGUAUAUGGGUGAAGGGUGCAGUGUGUGGGUGAGGGGUCCUGUGUGCUUGAAGUGUGCUGUGUGUGUGUGUGUGUGUGUGUGAAGGGUGCUGUGAGGGGGGCAGUGUGAGAGGGGGCAAUGUGUGUGUGAGGGUUGCUGUGUGUGUGUAAAGGGUGCAGUGUGUGUGUGUGUGUUUGAGGGGUGCUGUAUGUGGGUGAAGGGUGCAGUGUGCGUGUGAGGAGUGCAGUGUGUGAGGGUUGAUGUGUAUGCGUGUGAGGGGGCAGUGUACGAGGGUGGCAAUGUGUGUGAAAGGUUCUGUGUGCAUGUGAAGGGUGCUGUGUGCAUGUAAUGGGUCCUGUGUGUGAAGGGGAGGCAGUGUGUGUGAUGGGUGCAGUGUGUUUGUGAAUGGUGCUGUGUGUGAUGGGGGCAGAAUGGGAGUGUGAUUGUGUGUCUCAGGGGUGCAGUGUGUGUGUAAAGGGUUCGGUGCUGUGUGUGAAAGGUGCAUAGGGUUUAUGCUGUGUGUAGGUGGGUGAGAUGUUAAAAUCUAUCUUGAUGUCUCCCCCUCCUUCCUUCUUACCUUUUACCAAGUAGGGAUCCAGUGGUGGCAUGUUCACUUUAGCUUGCAACUCCUCCGGCUGUAGGCUGACUCUCCUGUCCUCCUGCGAGCACAGCACUGUAUCGGAGCGUUGCCAUUGUAACGCGUGGCAACACUCUGACCAGCAUGCUCACAGAAGGAACACAGAGCCUCCCAGGUCCUUCCCUACCUCUGCUGGAACUAAGUGAUCUCCCUCACCAUCCCAAGAGGGCUUACAACAAGGCUGGCUCUGCAUGAGCCGGCAGGGGAGAUGAAAGGAUUUCCCCUGCUGGCCAUGGUCCACGGCCAUCGAGGCCCACCGGUCGUUUUCUGCCGAACCUACCACUGCCCACCUGAAAUCCCAAACCGCCCACUAGUUGGCGGUAGGGACCGGGUUGACUACCCAUGGUACGAACUCCGCCUGGGUUCGCGGAAAUGCGAGGCCGAAAAAAGUUCAAUGCGUUCAAUGACCAGGUACCGCUGCCUGCGUUUGGGAGACAAAAAACAGGAAAAACAAUCAAGCAAAGGUGUUAAGCUGGUAAUUUGUGGUUAACAGCCGGGGGAGGUCGGUGUUCACUGGGGCACAGUAGACGAACAAGGGGGUAUGGACAACCGAACAUAAAGGAAUGAAGUCUGCUACAACUAUAACCACUUCAAUAAGUUGGAAUGGCUUAAUACUUAAUGGAAGGACAGCACCAGUGGACUCCAUGCACUAUAAUCACUUCAAUGAGAUUAAAGAGUGUCCCUCUAAGGGUAAAAACAAGUGUUAUUUGCUUAUAAUAAAAACAAUGGCAUUGCUGAACUCACAUUGCAGUGAUGGCGGCAGGAAGCCUCACAAUGAAACGUUUGAUGAGAUCUGAAGUAAAAAGGAGGGGAAAAAAGCAAAAGAAAUUAAUAAAUGCGGCAAACAGGUCAGAAUGGAUUUGGGAAUCGGUGGGGGGAUAAAACAAGUUAAAUAACUAACAAAAUUAGCAAUAAUCAUAGGAAAAUAGCAAACCAAGUACAUGGGGGUCUAGUCUAAAGGAAUGGAUUUAAAAUAUAUAAUAAUGGCAAGGAUUUAAUAUUGUCAGAUACGUUUUUGAAAUUAUUUAAUAUUUUUAGAUACAAUCUUUACAAAUUAUUGUUUUCACAAUAUUAAAAUAUAAAAAAAAGGAUUGUAUAUAAAAAAAAUCUAAAUAUUACAAAAUUAAAAUAUUAUUCAAAAUAUGAAAUAGUUUGAAAAGUUAUCCACUGAUAUAUUAAAUCGAGUACAAUUUGUGAUAAGAGGUGAUCAGGAAUUAGCAAACAAAGAGAACGUUAGAAUGUUAUACAACCUUGUGUGCGUUGUGAUUGGACAUUGCAUGUGAUGUCACUACUGGUUUAAUAUCGCUGUUAAUUAAUGAAGACGGAGGAAGUAUAAGGAGCCUCUGUGUCUUGUAAUAAAUUCCCAUUGCAGUCCUUCUCCAAGUCUAUGCCCGUAUGAAUGAAAUACGUGUCUCACUCAUGCCCUCCCCCACUUGGUCUGGAGACAAAUAGCCAAGUGGGGGAGAUUGUCUUUCUUAUCACUGUGACAGAUCCUUAUUAAAUAUAAAAAACUAUAUCAAACAAUGCCGAGGUAGAAAGGCUUUAACUAAUGCAUAAUUUAGUAGUAAUAAGAAAUGAGAAUGAUAGAUCAGAAUUGUAGAUUAUCAAAAUCCCCAGAUUUAUAGCAUUCUGGUUUCUGCAUUUAAUAGAGUUUUCCUGGGCUGAGACAGUUCUUAUUAAAUGUUGGUUUUAAGUGAAUUAUGAGAAAAAUAAGGUAAUUGAGGGGUAUUGGAGAUGCCAUAAUACACCCCAACAGACUGAAGGUAUACAUUCUAGAACACUGACAUGGUAUUAUUUCCCAUAAUGUAGGAUGAUGUGAGCUUUCGAUUUCCAGUUAUCGCUGCCCACAGAAGGUGCGGAGGAGUUUUCCCUCAUGUGAAAUACAUUUUAAGAUAACUUUAUCUGACUUUAACAAACGGAAACCAUGGAGUCUGCAGUAUUUAGAAACUUCCUCAUUCUCAGUUUUGUACCUAGUAACGGUCUCUAAGCUUGUCAACAAGCCCUCUUUUUUGUACAAAUUAAGAAAAACACUUGUUGGUGGUAUGGGUGUAGGAACCAGGUGGAAGGGUGGAGGGGGACACCCCCACAAUUUGUGAGGAGAUGCGAGGAGUAAGAGCCCCUUUGUCAUGAUGGUCUUACUAGAUCAUAGGGUUUCUUGUCUAGGAAAGAAAAAAUAAACAAAAAGAUUUGGUUAUUCUAUUUUAUUAUGAGACUUGUCCUCAUAAUAUAUCGUUCUGCCCAUAGACUUAAGGGUGGAUAGGGGAGAUUGAAUGGGGGAAUGGCAGAGGGUGAAAGGGGGAAUGGCUGAGGGUGAAUGGGGGAAUGGGCUGAGAUUGAAUGGGGGAAUGGGCUUCUGAUAGGGAUCUGUAUUUUACUUUGCCUGGAUGUAUGGUAAGGUCCAAAGCAGGUCCGGUGCAAGUGAUAGGUGAGGUAUAAGGGCAGAGAGGUCUGAUCUGCUGUGGAGCUUCUGAAUGGAGGAUAGGUGAGGUGAAGUGUCAGAGGCAGAUAUGGUUUUGGAAAAGCUGUAGUUGAGAUAUAGAUGAAUGGGGUUAGAACUGCCAAAGAUGGAAACAUAUCUAUUGUGCAUUGAGCUGUAAAAGCUGGGUCAAGGGAGGAGAUCCAGGAGGGAUUCCCAUUAUGUCAUUUAGUGUUCGGUCCCUUUAAAUCACAGAAUAACCGUUUAAACAUCACCAGUCAUGGCAUUUCAUAGAAUAAUAUCCAUUACUUUUUCCAGAGAGCAAGUGUUCAUUGAGAGCGCUGGCUCACGGCCAAAUGCCAAGAAGGUUAUCCUGAUGUUGACGGACGGAGAAGUUACGGACAAUGAAAACGGCGUUAUAGAACGUAGUGAAAGUAUAAAGCUGUCACGAUACAUUAUUGGGGUGAGUGCCUGACAUUGUUUCUUAUAACAAUGAUAUUAACAGAUCAACUCAUUAUACAAGAAUAUAGAUUUUCCCAAAUUUUAUUCUGGAGCAAGUGAAGGGAAAUAUCCUCUUCUAUUCUAGGGAGUAACGUGGAGACAUUUGUAGAGUAAUCCAAGGCUAUUUUAGCAGAGGUGAUUUAGAUUAUGGAUGAGUUUAGCCAUAAACUAUAGUUUGAGAACAGGAAAAUCUUAAAUAGCUUGUCCUUUGGUGGGUCCCAGCUCAGGUCACACACAGGUUUUAGCUCACGUGUGCCGUUAUAGAGAGAACCUUGACCUGUUACAUAUUAGACUGAUCUCACCCAUAAGGACAGUUCAGAUCUCAAAGAACAGCAGGCUUGGUUAGAUAAUAAAGAUAAUUUAGUUCCUGGAUAAGAUCAGUUGGGUCAUGGAGAAGAUCAGUUGGGUCACAGAAAAUACCAGAUCACGGGGAAGGUCAGUUAAGUCCUGGAUAAUAUCAGUUAAAUCACAGAGACCAGUUAGGUCAUGGAGAACACCCGUAAUGUGAUGGACAAGAUCAGUAAGGUAAUGAAGAUCAGUUGGAUCAUGGAGAAGGUUAAUUAGAUCAUGGUGAAGACCAGUAAGGUCAUGGAGAAGACGAGUAAGGUUAUAGAGAAGAUAAGUAAGGUCAUGGAAAAGAUCAUUAAGGUCAUUGAGACAUUCAUGUAGAUCUCAGAGACAAUAUUUUCCAUGAUCUCACUGAGAUUCUCCAUGACCUUAUUGAUCAUAGAGAAAAUCACUUAGGUCAAGGAGAAGAUUGGUAAGGUCAUGGAGAACAUCAAUCGGGUCAUGGAGAAGAUUUGUUAGAGGAUAUGGUUCUCUGAGUGUGUUGCAUCUCACCUGGGAUUAGACAUCUGUUUGUCCUGUGUAGUGUCCGUAUUUCAUCCUUUCUGUACCUCUUACUGUAACUGAUGAUGGUCUCCUGUUCUACAUCUUACAGAUAGGCAAGAACUUCAACAAUGAAGAAUCCAAAAAAAAUUUACAUUUACUGGCCUCUAAACCAACUGAAAAUUACACAAGAGUUCUGGAUGAUGUUUCUAAACUGAAAGACGUCUUUUCUGAAAUUGAGCGGAAAAUUGUCUCAGUUGAGGGUCAGUGGCCAGUUUUACUAGACUUGAUGUGAUGGCUCCCAUUUGUUAAAAAUCUCACAGUAAUGCUUUGUUCUUCUUAUCAGGUGUAACGAGCAGUUCAAAUUUCCCCAGAGAGUUUUCAUCAGCCGGUCUUAGUGCAGAUAUGCUGCAGGUAAGAUGCUGCUUAUUCUAGCUAUUGGGCCCUGAAAUUACCAGCUACAAAUAGCACUCCAAAAUAUAAUUGCCCCCAUGCCAAAAGAUCUAUUAAGUCUCUCCCACAGACUAUAAAGAGAUAUGAUUACAGCGCAAAGUAGAGAGAGAUAUUGUUCACAAUCAUGUAAUCAUGCUUUUCAGAAGGUUAUCAGAUGACGUACUGUCAGUGUGUCUUCAGAACAUGACCCUAGAAGCCAGCAGUGUAAUGUGCUGCCAUGGGGCAGGGCUUCUGUUAUUGGCUGCUACCCAGAGGGUAGCAUUGUGCUGAUUGUACAGUGAGUUACAGACUAAAGCUGCGAGGGAUCAGGCCACGUUACACUCUGAACAUCCUCUCUAGUAUAGCACAAGUCCCCUGUGAUCAGCAACUGUGCCCUGCGCUCUCCUCCCUCUGCCCAGCUCUGCCCUCCCCCCUCUGCCCUCCUCCUUUUGCUUUCCACCCUCUGCCCAGCUCUGCCUUCCCUCUGCCCAUCUCUGCCUUCCUCCCUCUGCCCAUCUCUGCUCUCCUCCCUCUGCCCAGCUCUGCCCUCCCCCCUCUGCCCUCCUCCGCCCUCCCCCCUCUGCCCUCCUCCUUUUGCUUUCCACCCUCUGCCCAGCUCUGCCUUCCCUCUGCCCAUCUCUGCCUUCCUCCCUCUGCCCAUCUCUGCCCUCCUCCCUCUGCCCAGGAAGGCUAUUUAAACCCAAUUGUCCUCUUGCUAAUUGCCCUGUCAUGGUUUCAUGCCUAUGGUUAUCUGAGAGCGCGUUCCUGAUCUUGAUUUUCUCGUAUUUGACUUUGGCUUCGUUUUGACUUCCCUGAAUUCUGGUAUCCUUGACUUUUGGCUUUCCCUCAUCUUUGUGUCUGAUUCUGUGUCCCUGACCUCGGCAAGUAUUUUGACUUUUCUUGGAGAUGUUAAGUCCGGCAAUUCUAAAGUCCACAGUUCUGCGUGCUGGACCAACUUGUAAUACUGACACUAGCAUACCUACCUACCAAGCAUUCUUCCCUAGCACGCCUACCUACCUCGCAUACCUAAAUUUAGACACCAUUGCCUUACACACACACACACACACACACAGCCACACAUUGACACACCAUCUUAGCACAGCACAUGCAGCUCUACAUUCACACACCAUUUUAGCACAGCAGCAGUUACAGCUCUACAUUCACACACCAUAUUAGCACAGCACAUGCAGCUCUACAUUCACACACCAUUUUAGCACAGCGCAUACAGCUCUACAUUCACACACCAUUUUAGCACAGCAGUUACAGCUCUACAUUCACACACCAUAUUAGCACAGCACAUGCAGCUCUACAUUCACACACCAUUUUAGCACAGCGCAUACAGCUCUACAUUCACACACCAUUUUAGCACAGCGCAUACAGCUCUACAUUCACACACCAUCUUAGCACAUACAGCUCUACAUUCACAUACCAUCUUAGCACAGCACUAACAGCUGCAUUAAAAAACACAUUAACACUCAGUGCUCUGAGACAACGCUGAAUUAAAAAAAAUAAAAAUAAAAAUGUUCUUUGCAAUCACCCGUGGUGGCACGUAACUCUGAAGACUGGCUAAUGGCUAAUAGGUCUCCCAUUAGGAAUUGAAAUUUUGAGCCCUAGAUAUAAAUAUAUAACCAACACUGAAAGGGCAAAGAUCACAAACCGUGUUAUGAAGGUUAUUCUGACAACGAUUGCUGGUUUAUUAAUGCACUGUUUGCCAUCCAUUUCAUUACAGGGUACCCUGGUUCUGGGAGACCCCGGUAUCUAUGAAUGGUCUGGGGGGAUCCUGGAGACCCUCCAUGGUCAGGACACACUGAUAAACACCUCGAUGGGGCAGGAAAGGCACUUCUCGUACCUGGGUGAGAAACCAAGAGGGCUGUAUGAGAGUCCACGAGACUGUAUGGAAAGUCUGUGUGAGAGGCCAGGGGUCUGUGCGAGAGAUGAUCAGACUUUGUGAGUCCAUAAGACUGUAGGAGAGGCCAGGCGUCUGUGCAAAAGGAUAGAUGAGGACUGUGCGAGAGAUGAUGAGACUGUAGGAGAGGCCAGGGGUCUGUGCAAGAGAUGAUGAGAUAAUGAGACAAGACUGUAGGAGAGGCCAGGCGACUGUGCAAAAUGCCAGGUGACGACUGUGCGAGAGACACAAGCCUGUAUAAUACAAAGCUGUGGCAUUUCAUGGAGAUUAGAAACAAACUUCCUGAUACUGGUCUUAGUGAAAUGUGUUGUACCAGGCUUGUAUAGUACAAUGAUUCCCAGUCCAGAUUUCCCAGUUCUGUACCAAUGAGGAUACUGACCACACCUGGACGGCAUUCAGAUUGGGACCAAUCUGGAGACCAUGGCUAUUACAGGAAAUGUACUAUAAUUUACAUAUACUUCAAAGAACUGGUAGACUAAGUUCUACAAACCUGUAUGUAACUGUCUAUAGGUUACUCCGUGAGACUGAUUUACUCCUCGGAGGGACUGUUCUGUGUAUCAGGAGCACCGAGGUACAAUUACAAAGGACAGGUGAUACUACUGAAAAAGAACAUGGCCACAACAGGAUGGGAAGAAAUAAAGAGACUGCAUGGAGAGCAGGUAGGAGAUUACUGUAACAGUGAGAGAGUAUCGGAGAUCACGACUAUUAACAUUUUUUACGAAGGAAAUGUAGCAGGGCUUCUUCUCUGCUGGUUACUCCAAUAGCUAUUCAGGAACAAGCUGGAAACUCCAAGACAGCAGGCAGAAAUACAAGAUAAUCCACGAAUCUCCCAUCACCCUUCCCAAUAACUGGACGACACUCAGUAUCAGGAGCAGAACUGAUUCUUUAAAGGACCACUAUAGUGUCAGGAAAACAUACUCGUCCCCUCCCGCUGGGCUCUAGUGGGUGGAAGGGGUUAAAUUUACCUCUUUCUCCAGCACCGGGCGGGGAACUCUCCUUCUCCAUAUCGCCGUCAUCGGCUGAAUGCGCAUUCUCAAUGCUUUCCUAUGGACGCUGGCGUCUUCUCACUGUGAAAAUCAUAGUGAGAAGCGCGGAAGCGCCUCUAGUGGCUGUCUAUGAAACAGCCACUAGAGGCUGGAUUAACCCUAUUAUAACCAUAUCAGUUUCUCUGGAACUGCUAUGUUUAUAGAGGAAAGGGUUAACCCUAGCUGGACCUGGCACCCAGACCACUUCAUUAAGUGGAAGUGGUCUGGGUGCCUAUAGUGGUCCUUUAAUGGCCAGGCUGGCCUUUUAGGCAGGUUUUGCCCAAAAGGUUACCACCCAGGUGGACCUUGUGGGGCACCGAUAAAAAUAUACAUCAACCAGUAAAAACAGAGUUAAGUUACAAGACACUCCCAUACACUGCAUACUACCCCUCCCCUCAGGAGAUAAUGGAGUUAAUUACUGUAUCAACUCAAUUAUCCCAAAAACAGAAAAACUAACUUUUCUGAAAACACCCCAAAACAUAUCCUACAUUUACAAUUCCAACAUCCCCUGAUAGCCCCGAUCUGGGGGAGCAACAUACUGAAAAAUCACCCAGAUCAGUUCAGGGGUUAGAAAGUUUUCUGGAUGUCUUAGUUUUACCGACCGCACACGAGGUGUAAGCCAAGAAUAGUUCCAUGAGUUUUGGCCGUGCGGUCGGUCUCCGUUCGUGAGGUUGAAAUGCAUGAAAAUAUAUAACAGAAUGGUUCGUGUCUUUGUUCAUCUAAUUCCUCUCGUUCGUAUGACUCUUUCACCAAAUGCUGGUCUGUUCCCUUGAUUUCCCACAAACUUAUGCGAGGAUGGAAGUUUCUGCGGUGUUCGUGCCGUCGCGUGUCCGAUUUGGGUUUCAGACACUCGAUGACCAGACACCACUGGUGCAAUUCGUAUGUUAAGAUGGCUGCCGCCACGUGUUCGUAUGCCGAAUGGCGGCCACCCAGGGAACACCUAGUUAGUUUGUGGCAAUUAAAAUAGUUUGAAUACAGUUAGGGAGGUUAAUUAAUGCCACUCUCCUCUCCUGGGUGGCCUGGUUGUUUGGUAGUUUGUCGAACAGUAUGGUGAAAAAUAGUUGAAAUGGGAUUCCUACCAAACAACCAGACGAACAAGAGUUAAUAUUACAGUGUUACUUGUAUCUUCAUGUAACCAACAGGGCAAGUAACUGAAAUAUAGUAACAAAUAUGGUGGCUGGAAAGUCCUUAGCAAAAGGAAGGUACUGUGGCAAAGCCCAUUCCACUACAAGAAACCAACUUGUUAUUCUGAAAUUGUCUUGCGAUCUAUGAAAUAAAAUAAUCAAAAUCUUAGACUUUUCUAAAAUCUAUCAUUACCUCAAAUACUGUCCAACUUCUCGCUAGUAAAAAUGGAAAAAAAUGUUAAGACCCAGAACUGAAAACUGAAAAGAGGAUCUAUGGAUAAAGAGGUCACUGCCCCACCACUCCCUCACAAUGCCCCACCACUCCCUCACACUGCCCCACCACCCCAUCUCACAAUCACCGACCCCUCCUUGCUGUUAACCACAAAUUGCUCAUUAUUGCAAGUGUUUCCCCUGUGUGGCCACCGUUCGUAUAACCGAACACACGUGCUCCAAGAAAUGGUGGCUAUUUUGUCUCCCGAACACAGGCAGCAAGGGGGAGCAUUCGUCUGUGUUCAUGUGACCGGUCGUUGCCUUGUUUUCUAUGGAACUGUUUUGGGGCAUCACCUCGUGGCCGACCGGUCAAAACUUAAUUCGAAUAGCGUUCCUGAACCACCGAAGGGAUCUGAGGGCUAUUUUCGACAAACUGGGCGCUCAGACUCAAGCUAUUCGGUAAUGGGAAAUUGUAAUAUUGUGUAUGUUUUCUUGUAGCUGAGAGAUAAUAGUUUUCUCACUCAAUUAUCUCUCAGAAACAGAAGUUCCUGGCAGGAAAUCCCUUGUUAUGUUGAUGUGGCCAAAAUAAACUUCCUUUGUGUCGUCUAGUUGCUGGGGGGAAUGUGUCUUGGAUUAUUAUACUGCUUCUUUCAGCUUCGAGGAAGGAAUAGCAGCGAUACCUAUGCUAGGUAUUGGAGCUCCGCUACACUUACCUUACUCACACGCCUAUUAGAGGCGUAUACGCUAUUUAUACAUUGCAGUCAAUUUAUAUAAAAUGAAUUAUUCUGUAAAUUAAUUUUUAGUUUGUUAUGUAAAGGUAACAAUUAAUUAAUAUAGAUAUUACCUGGAAUUAAUUCUGUUUUGAUCUCUUGCAGUUUGGCUCGUACUUUGGAUCAGAGAUUGCCGUUUCUGACUUUAAUAAUGAAAGCCCACCACAAUUGGUUCUGAUAUCUGCUCCUCACCAUGUGGAGAAGCGCUGGGGUGGCCAGGUCUCUGUGUGUCUGUUUAGAAAGGUGAGUGUUCACAAUGUACAUGUUUUGAGCUAUUACCUGCAAUUGGAGUAGUUGCUUACUAUGUAUUUAGAUUUUGGACACCCUCUAGAGGGACAAAGGUUUAAAAAUAAUAUCAGGAAGUAUUACUUUACUGAGAGGGUAGUGGAUGCAUUGAAUAGCCUUCCAGCUGAAGUGGUAGAGGUUAACACAGUAAAGGAGUUUAAGCAUGCGUGGGAUAGGCAUAAGGCUAUCCUAACUAUAAGAUAAGACUAGGGACUAAUGAAAGUCUUUAGAAAAUUGGGCAGACUAGAUGGGCCGAAUGGUUCUUAUCUGCCGUCACAUUCUAUGUUUCUAUGUUUCUAUGUUUGACGUAGGGAGAUCUCUCUUGCACUGCCACACUUCGUGGAGAGUCUGGACACCCAUUCGCACAGUUUGGAGCUGCAGUCACAUUCCUUAGCGACCUUGAUGGAGAUGGCAUUCAAGAGGUGGCUGUGGGAGCUCCAUAUGAGAUGGAUGGGACUGGAGCUCUAUAUAUAUUUAAAGGAGAGCAAACAGGGGUGCAAACAAUGUACAGCCAGGUAAGGGAUGGAAUGGAGGAGAAGUGAUGCCAAAAAAUGGAAGGAUAGGAGAUGGGAUGAGGCACGAGAGGUGGAGGGAAUGUAGGCUAAUCGAGGAUGAUGGGAUGUGUAGGAGAGGUCGAGAGAAUGUAGAGUAAUGUAGGCUAUUGGGAUGGACAAGAAGGUAAGGAGAAAGGAAUCUGAUGGGAUCACCAGGAGAAGUGGCUAGGAUGUAGGAUAAUGUAGGCUGAUGAGAGGGAGAGAUGGAUGGAAUGUAGGGUAAUGGAAGCUGUUGGGAUGGGCAGGAGAGGUGAAUGAGAUGUAGGGUACUGAAAGCUGCUGGGAUGGGCAGGAGAGGUGUAUGGGACAUAGGGUAAUGGAAGCUGGUGGGAUUAGCAGGAGAGGUGGAUGGGACAUGGGUAAUGGAAGCUGGUGGGAUUAGCAGGAGAGGUGGAUGGAACCUUGUGGGAUGGGCAGGAGAGGUGGAUGGGACAUAAGGUAACGGAAGCUGGUGGGUUUGGCAGGAGACGUAAGGAGAUCCACUUUGCAAUACCGGGUCUAUGUUCUGUUCUUCCUUAGCGUCUCUUGGGAACACGGCCGAUGCAGAGUUUUGGUCUCUCUGUGCAUGGUGUCCUGGAUAUGACCAGUGAUGGCCUAACAGAUCUUGUUGUGGGAUCCUUAGGUCAAGUUGGAGUGCACAGGUAAGAGACCUUCCUUUAUGUUGUGUCACAGUCGGUAUUCUUAAUAAAGAAACCUAACACGCUCUCCAUCCUCCAGGUCUUAUCCUGUAAUACAUGUCACUGCAAACAUGACAUUCAAGCCACCAGAAAUUCCCAUCCCGAAAUUUGAUGUAUCCAGCUGUGAAAGUGCACUGUUAGCACAAACAUGUGUGCACUCCAGAAUUCUGACACGCUCAUAUACAGGUACAACAGUGUGCUAAUAAAACAUGGAUCAGCAGCAAAGCUUACUAGCAUGCAGAACUCCCUCCACUCUGCCUCAGGUACCACCUCCCACAGCUAAUACUCUAAUAUCCAGGUACCCGCUCCCACAGCUAUUACUCUAAUAUCCAGGUACCCGCUCCCACAGCUAUUACUCUAAUAUCCAGGUACCCGCUCCCACAGCUAAUACUCUAAUAUCCAGGUAUUAGCAUUUUUAGAUAACAUAAUGUAAUCCAUAUUUGGGUCCAUAUUAGGGUUAACCUUAACCCUGACCCUGGUGGAGAAUCGCAGAAUCUGUCUGUUAUAAAAGGUCACUGCAUCUGUUGGUGUUAUUAGGGUCACUGCAUCUGUCUGUUAUUGUCAUGCUCCUGAGCAGGUCAGAGAGGAGAUGAUUGCAAGGGUUAUUGGUUAAAACUUUAUUUUUGUCGUAUUAGACAUAACAAAUUUACUGAAAAUAAAGGGCAGUCUGCCACAAACAGGAUACUUUGUGAGAAAAAACAGGGUUUAGGCCAUAUGCCCCCAACAAGAUCUUUAGAAAGUAAAUGAAUAAAGUCUUUUGUAUACAAGCAGGCUUGAAGUUAUACCAAGUAGUUAAGGAUUUCCAGGAUACUUUGCAAUGCAGCUAGUUAUAGGUAAAUACCGUUUAGGAGAAGGCAAUACAGGAUCAUGCAGAGUUGCAGAGGUUGAAACAGGUCGGUAUAUUCCAAAAUAAUGUAAUGCAGGUUGCUUACGAGAUCAUGCAGUGACGCAGCAAUUGAAGCAGUUAAGAUUCUUCAAUGACGGCAAUACGCCACAAAUCAGGAUUCUUGGGAGCCGAUAAGGAAAGUCUUUCGGUAAGAUGUAAUUCAGGCAAGUUCAGGAUGAAGUAAUGCAGGUUAGUGCCUUUCAGUAUGAGGAAAUGCAGAUGAGUGCAGGAGGAGGCACUGCAGGUAAGCUCUCUACAGAAUGAAUUAAUGUAGAUAAAAUACAGGCUAUUACCAGGAACAGAGAUUAUUUAUCAGAGCAUAGACUUGAAUGUCAAGGCACUGUUGUGUGCUGGGAGUAGACUUAUCAAGCCUCCUAAUUAGUUAAUACAGGUGAGGUUAUUAAGGUGAGUGAAUAGAUUAGUGGCUAGAGAGGCCACUAGAGGAGAAAAUCAUGAAGUUCACUUAAAGGGCCAGUAAUAAACGAAAAAGUCUUACAUGUCAGUUUUGAAACCUGUCUGUUAUAAGGUCACUGGAUCUGUCUGUGUUACAGGGUCACUGCAUCUGUCAGUUAUAAGGUCACUGCAUCUGUCUGUUAUAAGGUCACUGGAUCGGUCUGUUAUAAGGUCACUGGAUCGGUCUGUUAUAAGGUCACUGGAUCUGUCUGUGUUACAGGGUCACUGGAUCUGUCUGUUAUAAGGUCACUGGAUCGGUCUGUUAUAAGGUCACUGGAUCUGUCUGUUAUAAGGUCACUGGAUCUGUCUGUGUUACAGGGUCACUGGAUCUGUCUGUUAUAAGGUCACUGGAUCGGUCUGUUAUAAGGUCACUGGAUCUGUCUGUUAUAAGGUCACUGGAUCGGUCUGUUAUAAGGUCACUGGAUCUGUCUGUGUUACAGGGUCACUGGAUCUGUCUGUUAUAAGGUCACUGGAUCGGUCUGUUAUAGGGUCACUGGAUCUGUCUGUGUUACAGGGUCACUGGAUCUGUCUGUUAUAAGGUCACUGGAUCGGUCUGUUAUAAGGUCACUGGAUAUGUCUGUUAUAAGGUCACUGGAUCUGUCUGUGUUACAGGUUCACUGGAUCUGUCUGUUAUAAGGUCACUGGAUUGGUCUGUUACAGGGUCACUGGAUCUGUCUGUGUUACAGGGUCACUGGAUCUGUCUGUUAUAAGGUCACUGGAUCGGUCUGUUUUAUAAGGUCACUGGAUCUGUCUGUUAUAAGGUCACUGGAUAUGUCUGUUAUAAGGUCACUGGAUCGGUCUGUUAUAAGUUCACUGACUCUGUCUGUUAUUAGGGUCACUGGAUCUGUCUGUGUAACAGGGUCACUGGAUCUGUCUGUGUUACAGGGUCACUGGAUCUGUCUGUUAUAAGGUCACUGGAUCUGUCUGUUAUUAGGGUCACUGGAUCUGUCUGUGUUACAGGGUCACUGCAUCUGUCAGUUAUAAGGUCACUGGAUCUGUCUGUGUUACAGGGUCACUGGAUCUGUCUGUUAUUAGGGUCACUGGAUCUGUCUGUGUUACAGGGACACUGGAUCUGUCUGUUAUAAGGUCACUGGAUCUGUCUGUUAUAAGGUCACUGGAUCUGUCUGUUAUUAGGGUCACUGGAUCUGUCUGUGUUACAGGGUCACUGGAUCUGUCUGUGUUACAGGGUCACUGCAUCUGUCAGUUAUAAGGUCACUGGAUCUGUCUGUGUUACAGGGUCACUGGAUCUAUCUGUUAUAAGGUCACUGGAUCUGUCUGUUAUAAGGUCACUGGAUCUGUCUGUUUUAUAAGGUCACUGGAUCUGUCUGUUUUAUAGGGUCACUGGAUCUCGUUCUCCAUUUCUUGGUCGUGCUGGAUUCUGGACGCUCUGUAUCACGAAUCUCAUUUGAAAACCAACAAAGAGAGUUAAAUGAAACAUUUAGGGUCCAAAGAGAGGGGAAAGAAUGUCGUGAUAUCACCUUGUACCUCUCGGUGAGACUGCUCAUAACACCUCGAUCUAGAUGCUGCAAGUCUCAAUAUUUCUCUGAUACAGCCUAUCUCUCUCUCUUUCUCAGGACUGCUCUCUGGAUGACCUUUCUCCCAUAGCGGUGUCUCUCAGUGUGCACAAAGAAGACUCUUUCUGGCUCCUCUCUCCAUCCAGCAGUCUCACGGCCGUCUCCCAGGUUUGGCCACACAGUGUGCUGAGUGAUAUUUGUGUAUUACCUAAUGAUGCCACUGUGACCAAGUAAUGUUCCUGUGACAUCACUGUGCCUGACUAUACUAAAUGAUGUCACUGUGACCAAGUAAUGUUCCUGUGAUGUCACUGUACCUGACUAUACUAAUAUGAUGUCACUGUGACCGAGUAAUGCUCCUGUGAUGUCAUUGUACCUGACUAAUACUAAUAUGAUGUCACUGUGACCAAGUAAUGUUCCUGUGAUGUCAUUGUACCUGACUAAUACUAAUAUGAUGUCACUGUGACCGAGUAAUGUUCCUGUGAUGUCACUGUACCUGACUAUACUAAUAUGAUGUCACUAUGAUGUCACUCUACCUGACUAAUACUAAUAUGAUGUCACUGUACCUGACUAUACUAAUAUGAUGUCACUGUGACCAAGUAAUGUUCCUGUGAUGUCACUGUACCUGACUAAUACUAAUAUGAUGUAACUGUACCUGACUAAUAUUAAUAUGAUGUCACUGUGACCAAGUAAUAUUCCUGUGACACCACUGUACCUGACUAUACUAAUAUGAUGUUACUGUGACCAAGUAAUGCUCCUGUGCUGUCACUGUACCUGACUAUACUAAUAUGACGUCACUGUGACCAAGUAAUGUUCCUGUGAUGUCACUGCACCUGACUAAUACUAAUAUGAUGUCACCGUGACCAAAUAAUGCUCCUGUGAUGUAACUGUACCAAGCUAUUUCUAAUGUGAUGUCACUGUGCCCUGUAAUGCUCCUUACUAUACUAAUAUGAUGUCACUGUGACCGAGUAAUUCUCCUUUGACGUCACUGUACCUGACUAAUACUAAUCUGAUGUCAUUGUGACUGAGUAAUGCUCUUGUGAUGUCACUGUACCUGACUAAUACUAAUCUGAUGUCACUGUGCCCGAGUAAUGCUGCUGUGACGUCACUUUGCCGGGUUAAUACUAAUGUGUUGUUAUCCUUCCUGAGGAGUGUACCUGUGCUAUGAAUGCAUGUCGAUAAUGCUCUUAUGAUUUCUCUUAAUAAGAACAAAUUGUGAUGUCACUGAUUUGAGUAAUAUGUAAAGUGAUGUCACUGAGUAAUGUCCAUGUUAUCAGUCCUCAGUACUGCUUUUCAAUACCAUGUAAAGUCAUUGUCUUCUUGGGUUAUGGAACCACCUGGUUAGACAGUCCACGGGGCAAUCUCCCCUUAUUAGACAGCCCAUGGGAAAUCUUUGCUGGUUAGGCAGUCCAUGGGGAAGCUCUCUUGGGCAAUUUCCCCUGGCUAGACAGUCCAUGAGGCAAUCACCCCUGGCUAGACAGUCCACGGGGCAACAGUCCACAGGGCAAUCUCCCAUAUUUAGACAGUCCACCGGGAAUCUCUCCUGGUUAGACUAUUACAGAGUGCACAAUGUAAUAUUGGGCAAGAUGAAGGAUAAUAUUGUCUCAUUGUUUAUCUUUUUAAAGAUCUUGUUUCAAAUAUGUGAAAAUGGUGGAAUCUGUGGAUCCGAUCUCAGCGUUACCUUUAAGAAGUAGGUACCAGCGAAAGCAUGUUAGUGUGCUUGGGACCUGGCACAGUGAUAUAUCAUGGUCCAGACUCUCACAUUGUCUUAAUACAUGAUAAACAGAUGGCACUUUCCAAAUGGGCUGCAAAAUAUUUUUGUAGGUGCUCACUGGAUAUGCAACAAACGUUAUAAGGUGUUCAUCAUCAAUCAAAACAGCAAUUUUAUUAGGAAUCCACCAGUUUCGGCCCCAAUGAGUGCUUUUAUCAAGCCAAACAGUAUCAUGAUUUACAGGCCUUUAAACACUUUUAUAUUAAAUGUAGUAUACUGUGUAAAACACGUAUGUACAUAGUGGGCAUUGGAUAGCAUUCCCCUCAUCCCCCCAUAAAAAACAUAACUUACCCCUUCAAAUAACGACAGACAACUUCUUGGGAAAAUAGGCCACAGCAUUUAUUAACACCACCAAAUACUGUAUAACUCCUUAAAGGACCACUAUAGUGCCAGGAAAACAUACUCGUUUUCCUGGCACUAUAGUGCCCUGAGGGUGCCCCUUACCUUUCUCCAGCGCUGGGCGGGGAGCUCUCCUCCCCCGAUCCUCCGCCUCUCCGCCCAUUCGGCUGAAUGCGCACGCGUGGCAAGAGCUGCGCGCGCAUUCAGCCGGUCGCAUAGGAAAGCAUUUUCACAGUGAGAAUCACGCAAGCGCCUCUAGCGGCUGUCAAUGAGACAGCCGCUAGAGGCUUUGGGGGAAGGCUUAACCCAUUCAUAAACAUAGCAGUUUCUCUGAAACUGCUAUGUUUAUAAAAAAAUAAAUGGGUUAACCCUAGAAGGACCUGGCACCCAGACCACUUCAUUAAGCUGAAGUGGUCUGGGUGCCUAGAGUGGUCCUUUAAACAUAUAACAUAAUAAAUUAACAUAAACACUUUUUAUACAGUCAUACAGUAAUCAAGAAAACCGUCCUUGCCAAUCUAACUUCCCCAAGGCUCUCACCUCCCCCCCUCGGCAUAAUAAAACCUCUUCCUUUUCACAGCUCCCCACCAGCCGGUUGUCCGCUCGGUGGGGCCAAACCAUAAUGCUCCCCACUGGUCGACUUACAACCCAGUGGGGACACGUCCAACCUGGUACCUCCUCCAGGUUCACCAUAAGAGACAGGGGGAGGAUGAGACCCGGCCAUUUUCCCCCUUUUCAAUCUAAUCUACCAAACCAUCCCUUAUUUGGCAAGGACACACCCCCGCUUCGCUGUGACAACCCCCCGGGCCCAAAGCAGCAAAGAGAGGGUGGGUGGGAAACUUGUUGCUGGCCUAGCUCCUAAGUGGCACUGAGGUCAGUCUGAUCUGUCACCACCCACUUCCUCACAUCUCCCACUCCCACAUGUAGCCUAAAGCCAAUCAUGCAUCAUCCAUCCCACACUCAUACAUGUGCCCCUGUCCGCUAAGCUGGGCACUCUCCCUGGGGCCUUGUUUUUUAUUUGUGUUUUUAUGUUUGUCCGACACAUUCCAUGUACAUACUGUGUUUUGGCCCAAUGUCUGUCCGACGCAUUCCGUGUACAUACUGUGUUUUGGCCCAAUGUCUGUCCGACGCAUUCCGUGUACAUACUGUGUUUUGGCCCAAUGUAUGUCCGACGCAUUCCGUGUACAUACUGUGUUUUGGCCCAAUGUCUGUCCGACGCAUUCCGUGUACAUACUGUGUUUUGGCCCAAUGUCUGUCCGACGCAUUCCGUGUACAUACUGUGUUUUGACCAAAUGUCUGUCCGACGCAUUCCGUGUACAUACUGUGUUUUGGCCCAAUGUCUGUCCGACGCAUUCCGUGUACAUACUGUGUUUUGGCUCAAUGUCUGUCCGAAGCGUUCUGUGUACAUUCUGUGUUUUGGGUCGACAUAUCUCAAAGCUCUCUGUGUACAUGUUUGUUUUGGCUCUAUGUUUAAACUUUCUGUGUACAUACUGUAUUUUGGCUCGUUAUUUGUCAAAGUGCUCCAUGUAGAUACUGGGUUUGGCUCAAUGUUUGUUGAAGCAUAUACUGUGUUUUGGUUUGAUGUUUGUCAUACAUUUUGUGUACAUACAGUGUUUGGGGCAAUGACUAACGUGAUCCUUUAUACAUUUACUCUAACAGCACCUCUGAUCCACGUUUUCCAGUACCUACACUUUUGCUGCGCAGUAAAUCACCAUUUUCUGUGUCUCUGGAAUUAAAGAACAUGGGGGAAGUGGGUCACCAAAUCACCUUAGCGCUGACACACCCACACGGAUUGUCUUUUCACAAGGCUGCUAUUGAGGUACCAUGA